AUGUUUGAAGGAUUUGAUACUAAUACUAACGACAUUUUUUUCCCUGAGAACGACACUUCAGUAAACACAGACGAGGUCAUGCUUGAAAAGACCACAACAAAGACAUUGAAUAAAACUACCUCAAAGUUACAUACCAAUAGUAAGACCUUAAAGUACAAAGAUUUUAAGAAGAGAUGUCCUGAAACUGAAGUGCACAUGAGCUUGGGUAGUUACGAAAUACCAACACAUAGAGAUCUCGUGUUGUUCACAACUAGGACUUUACUGAAAAUGUUUAAUAGCUACCAUGAAAAGGCUCUAUUUCUGCUUAAGGAUAUUAAAGAGGCAACAACGGCUUCACGCGAUUAUGAAAAGAAAUGUGCACCCAGAAACAGGAAGUCCUACAAAAAGUGUGUACAACGAAUCAGCAAGAAAUGCGUAUUGAUCAUCAAAGACUUAGUUAAAUCUAUGGAGACGAAGAAGGAAGCAGUUGCUUCUUUAUUAAAGGGCGCAACGUGCAACAUGACGACAAUGGCGACCGACCCAAUACAACUAAUUAAAAUUCUAGCCGUGGAAGAAGCCUCACUGGAAUUUGCCUUACCAGCCUUUUUAAGAUUAAUGGGCGAAUGUUCUGCGCAUUGUUCCAAGCAAUUAGAAGAUGGACGGAAAGUUCGUCGUCCAUCACGGCACAUGACGGAUCAAGAUCUAGUUGUAAGACAUUUUCUGACAAACAAAAACUACAUCCAACUUAUCAUGGACUCCGACUUGCAUGUGUAA